AUGUAUUGUUUCUGUCGCCCUAAGGGAGCCCAACCCUUCUCCAACUACACCGGCUGCGUUGAAAUAAUUGAAAUUAAUAAGCUGCGGGGAUUCUACACAUCCAGUGCCGUUGCCGGCAGCAACGUAGACAACUGCAGGUCCCGAUGGGCCCCACCAGGUACCCCAGAUGCCUUCACUAGAAGCCCAUAUGAUUGGACCACCAGAUCCACCACUAACACUCCCAGAGUCAACACAUCUGUAUGGACCACCCAAUCUGCCACCACACUGAGAGGUCAAGGUUCAGCAGGAGUCAACACAUCUGUAUGGACCCAGCCACCACCAUCCCGACCGCCACCAGUUCCUACCCGCCCCUGGCAACUGGCUCCUACCCGUCCCCGGCAACCAAGUCCAGAUCCUACCAGUCCCUGGCAACCAAAUCCAGUUCCCACCCGUCCCUGGCAACUAAGUCCAGUUCCCACCCGUCCCUGGCAACUAAGUCCAGUUCCCACCCGUCCCUGGCAACUAAGUCCAGUUCCCACCCGUCCCUGGCAACUAAGUCCAGUUCCCACCCGUCCCCGGCAACCAAGUCCAGAUCCUACCAGUCCCUGGCAACCAAGUCCAGUUCCCACCCGUCCCCGGCAACCAAGUCCAGUUCCCAUCCGUCCCCGGCAACCAAGUCCAGAUCCUACCAGUCCCUGGCAACCAAGUCCAGUUCCUACCCGUCCCUGGCAAUUAAGUCCAGUUCCCACCCGUCCCUGGCAACUAAGUCCAGUUCCUACCGGUCCCAGGCAACCAACACCUACCCGGCGGCCACCAUCCGUCUCUACCCAUCCCUGGCAACCAGGUCCCACCAAUCCCUGGCAAUCAGUUCCUGUCCAGCCGGCUCAACCAGCGCCUACCCGGGCUCGGCCACUACUGCCAGCUCCUACUCAUCCCUGGCAACCAGCUCCUACUCAUCCCUGGCAACCAGCCCCUACCCAGCCACCAACAGCUCCCACCCAGCCACCACCACCACCAGUCUGCCAUGCUGCCCUCUGUCUUAACGGUGGGACCUGCCAUGAGCUGCAGAGGCCCAGUGGAUCUCUGUCCUACUGUGACUGCCCCUUACACUUCACUGGACGCCGCUGUGAGAAAGAUACCACAAUAUUCAUCCCCUCUUUCAACGGCACGUCGUACCUGGAGCUGCCUCCGCUUGCCUCUCUGCUGCAGUCUCCUGGUGCCAACGCUGAUCCAUCUCACCCUGCCAAAGACACCACUGUUACCCUGUAUCUGACUGUCAAAACCAGAGCUACACAGGGCACCAUCCUCUACACUCGGGAAGAGAAUUUAGGAGAUCGUUUUCUCCACGUGUUCCUCCAGGAUGGGAUCCCUGUGGUAAAACUGGGAUGUAGUGAUGUCCAGGUGUUGAAUGCAGACGCAGGCCAAACCAUCAACACUAACAGGCUGACGUCCAUCAGAAUACGUUAUGGGCUGCCUGUCGGUAGGAGUGGAGGGUCAUGUAUGAUUGAAAUAGCAGUAGAUAAUGGAACAGUGAAACAUCAGGAGGAAUCCUUGUUCCAGCCCGUGUCAGAGGUAGCGUUGGGGCCUAUAUUCCUGGGGGACGUCCCCUCCCAAAGGGAUCAGCCUGCCAGCACCAGGGAGGGGACGGGUUUUGUAGGCUGUAUCAGGGAGCUGCAGGUCAACAAUAAGGACAUCUACAUAGCAGGAGAGGCACUGGGAGGGAGGAACAUCCACAACUGUGACACACCUGUCUGUCAGCAACUGCCCUGCCGCAAUGGAGGCACCUGUGUCAGUGAUGCAGAGGACUGGUUCUGUGAGUGCCCUCCUCUCUACUCUGGUCGGCUCUGCCAGUUCACAGCCUGUGAGUGGAGCCCCUGUGGUCACGGAGCCACCUGUAUCCCCAAGUCCUACCAGGAAGCUGUGUGUCUCUGCCCUUACGGAAGACAGGGCCUGCUGUGUGAUGAUGCCAUCAACAUCACCCGGGCCAGGUUCAGUGGGAAUGAUGAGUUUGGAUACACCUCGUUUAUAGCGUACUCCUUCAUCCCCAGUCUCAGUGUCUACUAUGAGUUCCAACUGAAACUAACGUUCGCCGAUGGAGCCUCAGCGCUGAAGGACAACCUCAUCCUCUUCUCUGGACAGAAAGGACAGGGCAUUGAUGGAGAUGACUUCCUAGUUCUGGGGGUUCGGAAUGGCAGAAUUGUUCACAAGUUCAACCUUGGAUCUGGUGUGGGAACCAUGGUCAGCGACCGGCUGAACCGUGAGAUCGAUAUCCACACUGUGAACUUUGGCAGAUCUCGGAGAACAGGAUGGUUAAAGGUGGACGGACAGAGAAACAGGACAGGCUCUUCUCCAGGCCACCUGGCAGGUCUCAACGCGCAAAGCCAAGUCUUUGUAGGGGGAUAUAAUGAAUAUACUCCUGAACUACUGCCCCUCGGAUCCAGGUUUCGCAAUGGCUUUCAAGGUUGCAUAUUUGAUCUGGAGUUUCGGACGAGGAGAGACGGGAAGUUCAUAGCGUUGGGGAAGCCUGAGGGUCAUCCUAACUCUGGCCGUAGCGUGGGUCAGUGCGGGGUCACACCCUGCACCCUGGUGACGUGCAGGAACGGAGGAACCUGUGUGGACUCUGGAUCCUCUGUCUACUGCCAGUGCCCAUUCGGCUGGAAGGGAGCACUCUGCUCUGAGACCGUGUCUGUGUGCGACACUGAACACCGCCCCCCUCCAUUGUGUGCCCGUGGUUCCACCUGCGUACCCCUUCCAGACGGAUACACCUGCCUCUGCCCCUUGGGUACCGGCGGACUGCACUGUCAGCAAGCCAUGGCCAUCAGUGACCCGUUCUUCAGCGGUAACCAGUCAUCCUGGAUGUCUUUCCCUCCAGUCAGCAUCAGACACAGGACAGACCUCAGGCUGCAGUUCCAGACUCUGUCACCAGAGGGCAUCCUCUUCUACACAGCACAGCACCUCAGUGCCCGGGCCGGAGACUUCUUCUGUGUGUCCCUGACAUCAGGGUUGGUCCAACUGCGUUACAACCUGGGUUCUGGAACCAACGUGUUACAGUCCACUAACAGAGUGGACAUCAGCGGAGGGACCUGGCACACGGUGAGGACAGGCAGGACGGGCCACCAGGGGUUCCUGGUUCUGGACGGGCUGGAGGUGAAGCAGAACGACACCGAGGGAGGGAUGUCCACUCUGGACGUGGCCACGGACCUCUUCGUCGGCGGGGUCUCCGACCUGAGCUCCAUCUCUACGUUCUCCGUGGAGAACGAGCCUGUGGGUUUUACCGGAGGCGUGAGAGAGCUCGUCUUAAACGGACACGACUUUGACCUGACGGAGACAGGGGCCCUGGGAGGGGCCAACGUGGGCGACUGGGACGGGACGGCGUGCGGGUACAAGGUGUGCCAGAACGGCGGCCUCUGUACUGCGUUGAGCGGCGCCGAUUCUGACUCGUUUAUGUGCACCUGCCCUCCUCGGUGGACGGGUCCUGUGUGUAACCAGUCGGUGUAUUGUGUCAAUAACCUGUGUCAACAUGAGUCAUUGUGUUUCUCUGAUCUUGUGACUGGCUCAUACGACUGUUUCUGUCCUCUCGGGUGGGAGGGGAGGUACUGCGAUAAGCAGGUAGGCCUAUCCAUGACCACUCUGAAGUUCGUUGGGAAAUCAUAUCUGAAAUACAGGGAUCCUAAAUUCAACACAAGAAAUCUGAGGUACACGCAGGUUGCGUUUAACUUUACAGCAAGCGGGAACGAAGGGUUGAUUCUGUGGAUGGGAAGAGCGGAGCACGAUGACGACGACUACCUUGCUGUCGGGCUUCAGGAGGGGCACCUCAAAAUCGCAGUCAACCUCGGAGAGAGGCUCUCCCUCCCGCUCACCUUCAGAAACGUCACGUUGUGUUGCAACAAAUGGCAUUACUUAUCUCUCUCUCUGAACAGUACCCUUAUUCAGGUGUUCCUGGGUGACCAGAGGGUCCUUUUCGAAGACGUGGACCCCUUCGAGCGUUACGUUGCCAUGAAUUACGGGGGUCUGUUGUACUUGGGAGGGUUCGAGUUGCACAGGAACAUCUCAACAGUGACGUCUGGGCUGUUUACCAAAGGGUUUGUGGGAGAUCUUAAAGAUGUGCGUUUGUAUCAGGACCCCAGACAACUACAGUUCCUGCAAAACAGCAAAGGAUUUAAUGUUCACAAAAGUAAUGAGUAGUUCUGUAACUUGUGAAAAUAGGUGAUUAAUGUGUUGUGAUA